AUGUGCUUUCUAAGCCGCCCGGGAGCAUCUGCAAGCUGGAGCUGGUGGAGGAUGCUGCGGCAGGUGAUCCACAGAGGGCUACAGUCGUUCUGCUACAAGCUGGGCUUGUUCGUGAGCCGGCAUCCGGUGUUUUUCCUCACUGUGCCCGCAGUCCUGACCAUCAUCUUCGGCUUCAGCCUGCUCAACCGCUUCCAGUCUGAAAGGGACCUGGAGACACUGGUAGCCCCGAGCCACAGCCUGGCCAAGAUCGAGCGGAGCUUAGCCAGCAGCCUUUUCCCCCUGGAGCAGUCCAAAAGCCAGCUCUAUUCGGACUUGCACACCCCGGGGAGGUAUGGCAGGGUGAUCCUCCUCUCCAAACCUGGAGGCAAUAUUUUGCAUCAGGCUGAUGUGAUCCUGCAAAUCCACCGAGCCGUGCUGGAAAUGAAGGUGAACUACAAAGGCUAUAAUUAUACUUUUUCCCAUCUGUGUGUAUUGAGAAAUCAGGAUAAGAAAUGCGUGCUGGAUGAUAUUAUUUCAGUGCUAGAGGAUCUGAGGCAGGCUGCCCUCUCCAAUAAGACAACAGCCAGGGUGCAAGUGAGCUAUCCCAACACUAAAUUAAAGGAUGGAAGGAGCAGUUUUAUUGGACACCAGCUUGGAGGGGUCAUGGAGGUGCCAAACAGCAAGGACCAGCGAGUGAAGUCAGCCAGAGCCAUCCAGAUCACCUACUACCUCCAAACCUAUGGCUCUGUCGCCCAGGGCCUCAUUGGUGAAAAAUGGGAGAAUGAAUUCUGUAAACUGAUGCGCAAGCUGCAGCUGGAUCACCGAGAUCUGCAGCUCUACUCGCUGGCAUCUUUUAGUCUUUGGAAGGACUUCCACAAGAGCAGCCUCCUGGCCAAGGGCAAGAUCUUAGUGAGCCUGCUGCUCAUUCUACUGACUGCCAUGCUCUCGAGCUCCAUGAAGGACUGCCUGCGUGGCAAACCUUUCCUGGGAUUAUUGGGAGUAUUUACAAUCUGUAUCUCCAGCGUCACUGCGGCAGGGAUAUUUUUCAUUACUGAUGGAAAAUAUAACUCUACACUGCUGGGAGUCCCCUUCUUUACGAUGGGUCAUGGAAUCAAAGGAGUGUUUGAACUUCUUUCAGGAUGGCGCAGAACCAGAGAGAACCUUCCAUUCAAGGAUAGGGUAGCAGACACCUAUUCCGAUGUCAUGGUCUCCUAUACAAUGACGAGCUCCUUGUACUUCAUAGCCUUUGGCAUGGGUGCCAGCCCUUUCACUAACAUCGAGGCUGUGAAAGUUUUCUGCCAGAACAUGUGUGUCUCCAUCCUGUUGAACUACUUCUAUAUCUUCUCCUUCUUUGGCUCUUGCUUGGUCUUUGCUGGGCAGUUGGAACAAAACCGUUACCACAGUAUCUUCUGUUGUAAAAUCCCUUCAGCAGAAUACCUGGAGAGGAAACCUAUGUGGUUCCAAACCAUGAUGAGUGACGGCCAUCAGCACACUUCUCAUCAUGAGACUGACCCCUACCAGAAUCACUUCAUCCAGCAUUUCCUACGAGAGCAUUACAAUGAAUGGAUUACUAAUAUCUAUGUCAAGCCAUUUGUGGUGAUACUGUAUCUCAUUUAUGCCUCUUUCUCCUUUAUGGGGUGCUUACAGAUCAGUGAUGGGGCCAACAUCAUCAACCUCCUAGCCAGUGAAUCUCCAAGCGUCUCCUAUGCCCUCAUUCAGCAGAAGUAUUUCAGCAACUAUAGUCCUGUGAUAGGAUUCUACAUCUACGAACCUCUUGAAUAUUGGAAUGGCACUGUGCAAGAAGACUUAAAAACACUGAGCCAUGGUUUCAACACAGUGUCCUGGAUUGAACAAUACUAUCAGUACCUGAGAGUUGGCAACAUCAGCACCACCAACAAAAGUGACUUUAUCAGCACCCUCCAGAGCUCCUUUUUAAAAAAAUCUGAAUUCCAGCACUUCAAAAAUGACAUCAUUUUCUCCAAGGCUGGAGAUGAGAACAACAUCAUUGCUUCCCGCAUGUAUCUAGUGGCCAGGACUAGUGAAAACACCCAAAAGGAGGUGGUGGAAUUGCUGGAGAAGUUAAGACCACUAUCUCUAAUACAGAGCAUCAAAUUCAUUGUGUUCAAUCCUACCUUUGUUUUCAUGGACCACUAUGGUUUAUCAGUAACUAUGCCUGUCCUGAUUUCUGGCUUUGGCAUCCUGCUGGUGUUGAUACUGACCUUUUUCCUGGUUAUUCAUCCUCUGGGAAACUUCUGGUUAAUUCUUAGUGUCACCUCAAUAGAGUUGGGUGUGCUAGGCUUGAUGACUUUAUGGAAUGUAGACAUGGAUUGUAUUUCUAUCCUGUGCCUUAUCUACACUUUGAAUUUUGCCAUAGAUCACUGUGCACCCCUGCUUUACACAUUUGUACUAGCAACUGAGCACACCCGAACUCAGUGUAUAAAAAACUCCCUCCAAGAGCACGGAACAGCCAUUUUGCAAAAUAUUACUUCUUUCCUUACUGGGUUGGUCCCCCUUCUCUUUGUGCCUUCAAACUUGACCUUCACACUGUUCAAAUGCUUGCUGCUCACCAGCAGUUGCACACUACUGCACUGUUUUGUUAUUUUACCCGUCUUCCUAACUUUUUUUCCACCCUCCAAAAAGCACCACAAGAAAAAGAAACGGGCCAAAAGGAAGGAGCGGGAAGAGAUUGAAUGCAUAGAGAUUCAGGAGAAUCCUGAUCAUGUAACAGCAGUCUGA